CAAACCCUGGAGACGAAUCUCACCAACCUGGUUAAACGCAACAGUGAACUGGAAAACCAGAUGGCCAAGCUGAUACAGAUCUGCCAGCAAGUGGAGGUGAACACCGCCAUGCACGAGGCCAAGCUGAUGGAGGAGUGUGACGAGCUCAUGGAGAUCAUCCGCCAGCGCAAGCAGGUCAUCGCUGUCAAGAUCAAGGAGACGAAGGUGAUGAAGCUGCGGAAGCUGGCCCAGCAGGUCGCUAACUGCCGGCAGUGUCUCGAGCGCUCCACCGUCCUCAUCAACCAGGCCGAGCACAUCCUGAAGGAGAACGACCACGCACGGUUCCUGCAGACAGCCAGGAACGUGGCCGAGAGGGUCGCCAUGGCAACUGCAUCCUCUCAAGUUCUGAUACCAGAUAUCAAUUUUAAUGAUGCCUUUGAAAACUUUGCUUUAGAUUUUUCCAGAGAGAAGAAGCUGCUGGAGGGACUGGAUUAUCUAACUGCGCCCAACCCGCCGGCCGUCCGGGAGGAGCUCUGCACAGCCUCCCACGACACCAUCACCGUGCACUGGAGCUCGGAGGACGAGUUCAGCGUCAGCUCCUACGAGCUGCAGUACACCAUCUACACCGGCCAGGCCACCUUCCUCAGUCUCUACAACUCCAUGGACAGCUGGAUGAUCGUCCCCAACAUCAAGCAGAACCACUACACCGUCCACGGGCUGCAGAGCGGCACCCGCUACAUCUUCCUGGUCAAGGCCAUCAACCAGGCGGGCA